AUGGAGAAUCAAGAUGCUCAGCUAUUUGAGAGUCUUGGGCUUCAACGUUCCUCUGCGCCAACAGCCUCCGGAUCACAUGUCAACUUCUAUCAUAGAUUGCCGAAAACUCUUGAUCUAAGCUAUCCAAUUCUUGUCUUGAUUCAUGGAUAUCCUCAAUCGAGCUACAUGUGGCGAUAUGUUGUCCGUUCGCUCCCUGCCGACAUCCCCCUAUUCGUCCCCGACAUCCCCGGCUAUGGCCUCAGCACCCCCUCCACCACCGGCCACGACAAGCGCACCACCGGCCACGCCAUCCUCUCCGCCCUCUCCACGCACCUUCAGCUCUCCAACCCGCUCUCAGCACCAAUCCCCAUCAUCCUCGGCGGCCACGACCGCGGCGCACGCAUCUGCCAGCGCCUCGCGACCGACCUCUCCAUCCCCGGCCCCCCCAGCGCGGCCCUCGCCGCCUGGGACGUUGUCGGCACCGUGAUCCUAGAUAUCAUGCCCGUGACGACGCAGUGGUCAUCGCUGGCUAACCCGAUAUUCGCGCGGAGCACGUUCCACUGGCCAUUCCUCGCCAACGCGGCGCUCGCGACGCCGAUGAUCGUAGCCUACGGUGGGGGGAAGUGGUGUCAAGACAUAAUCCUGCGAUGGGCGAGCAAAGGAGCCGGGCUAGAGAGUUUGCGCGCCGAUGACGCGCUGGCGGUGUAUGCUGGGUAUUUUGCGAAGGAGAGUGUGGUGCGGGCGAGCUGUGAUGAUUAUGAGGCGGGGUCAAACGAGGAUGCGGUGAUGGAGACGGAGGAUCAGGAAGCGGGGAGGGGGAUUGGGACGGAUACUUUGUUGAUGUUUAGUAAGGAUUAUCUGGGUUCGAGGUAUGAUGUCCCGACGGGGUGGAAGUCGUUUGUGAUGGAGACGGCGGAUUUGAAGAUUGGGGGGGUGGCGGGGGUGGGCCAUUUCUUGCCGGAGGAGGCGCCGGAGGAGGUGUCGGAACAGGUGGCCUUGUUUUAUCAGGAGGUUGUGCAGAAGAUUAAGGCGAGAGGUUGA